AUGGUAUUUCACAACCCACUCGCGCGGCAGCCCGAGUCCUACGUCAAGAAGAAGGAAUACGAGUUCAAAAAGACGCUCGGAGAAGGCACGUUUGGCAUUGUCAGAUCAGCGACGUGGAAAUCAGCCGACCCGCCCAUCAAUGUCGCCGUCAAGGUGAUCAGCAAACGCAUCCUGCGUGGACACGAUGAGAUUGUCAAGGAUGAAAUGAACGUGCUCAAGGGGCUCGAUCAGCCGCAUGUGGUCAAGUUCUUGGAUUGGUUUGAGAGCAAGGAUAAGUACUACCUUGUAUUUGAGGAGGCGACAGGCGGUGAACUGUUUGAGCGAAUCUUGGAACGUGGACGGUUCACAGAGCUGGAUGCGUGUCGCACCAUCCGUGCCGUCCUCUCUGCGAUCCAAUACCUACACCAUCACAACAUUGUGCAUCGCGACAUCAAGCCGGAAAACAUCCUAUAUCGAACCAAAGCAGAAGAUGCCAAUGUGGUGCUGGUCGACUUUGGAAUUGCAGCACACAUGAAGGACGACGAUGAGGUGCUAACGUCGGUGUGCGGCAGUUUUGGAUAUGCUGCGCCCGAGAUUCUUGCCAAGAAGGGACACGGCAAAGCGGUCGACAUGUGGAGUCUCGGCGUCAUCACCUAUACCAUGUUGUGUGGCUACACACCCUUCCGUUCGGAUGACGCCGCAGCGUUGGCGGCGGAAACGCAGCGCGGCAAGGUCGAGUUCCACGACCGAUACUGGAAGAACGUCAGCGCCGAAGCCAAGGAUUUUGUCAAGGCGUGCUUGACCGUGGAUCCCAAGAAACGGCUCACGGCCGACCAGGGUAUGGCUCAUCCUUGGCUCACCGAGCACAGCGAAGAGACGCAAGGCGUGCACGACAUUUCGGCCGGACUGCGCGAAAAUUACCGCAAGCGCUGGAAAUCGGCCAUCGCUGCCGUGCGUGCUUCGACCAAAUUUCGCACGUUUGCCCAGCUGGCCAGCGAGAGCCGGUCCGGGAGUCAGGCCUCGUUGCAAACGGCUGGAGGUGCGUCAGACGCGUCCUCGUCGACGACUAACGACAAGCCGUUUGCAGGUGAAGCCGGCAAGAUAUCGCCUCCCACCAAGCGCGAGCUGUAUAGCGAGGACGAGGAUGAAGCAGAUGGUGAGGCCAACGAAUGGUUCGAUACCGAUGAUGGCAAUAACCACAGCUCCUCGGCGCCGCCUGCAGCGAAAAAGGAGCCAGGGUUGGUCGAGAAGCUCGAGCACAAGCUAGGCGACCUGCAUCUCCAUUCCUCUGGAAAGUAG